CAAAGCAAACUGCACUUUUAUGCCAAUUUCAACUACCCAUUUUACAGUCCUCUUUAAUCCUUAACAGCAAUAUAAUGAUCUCUACUAAGACAUCUACAUCACUUACUCUCUUCUCCCACAACCUUGAGCCACCCCUCUUCCUUAUAGAAACCUGCAAAUCCAUGGACCAACUCCAACAAAUCCACUGCCAAACCGUUAAAUCAGGCCUAAUAAGAAAACCCAUUUCCCAAAACAAACUUAUUUCCUUCUGUUGCACCAAUGAAUCCGGUGACAUGAACCAUGCACUACAAAUGUUCAAUCAAAUUUCUGAACCGAAGAGUGUCUUCCUUUGGAACACAAUGAUCAAAGGUUAUUCUAGGGUAGAUUGUCCAAAACAUGGGAUUUCAAUGUAUUUAAACAUGUUGAAACAGGAUGUUAAGCCUGAUGAUUACACGUUCCCUUUUCUGUUAAAAGGUUUUGACAGAGAUGUUGGGUUAUCAUGUGGGAAAAAGUUGCAUGGUCAUGCGGUGAAAUUUGGGUUUGGUUCUAACGUUUUUGUGCAGAAUGCUUUGAUUCAUAUGUACUCUUUGUGUGGACAAAUGGAAAUGGCACGCGCGGUUUUUGAUGUUAGUUGUAAAAGGGAUGUGAUUACUUGGAAUGUGAUUAUAACUGGAUAUAAUAGGAUGAAGCAAUAUGAUGAAACUAAUAAGCUUUUUGAUGAGAUGGAGAGGAAUGGAAUGGUGCCUACUUCGGUUACUUUGGUUUCUUUGCUGUCAGCUUGUUCUAAGUUGAAAGAUUUGGAAGUUGGGAAGAGGGUUCAUAAGUACAUCCAAAAAUGCAAGGUGGAGUCUAAUUUAACUUUGGAAAAUGCUUUGAUGGAUAUGUAUGCAGCAUGUGGGGAAAUGGAUGUAGCUGUUAGGAUUUUCGAUAGGAUGAAAACAAAGGAUGUAAUUUCAUGGACUACCAUAGUUUCAGGGUUUGUAAAUAAGGGAGAGAUUGAUUUGGCAAGAGAUUAUUUUGACCGAAUGCCAGAGAGAGAUUAUGUUUCAUGGACUGCAAUGAUUGAUGGGUACCUUCGAGUGAAUUGCUUCAAAGAGGCUUUGGUGUUGUUCCGUGAGAUGCAAGCAUUGAAUAUAAGACCAGAUGAGUUCACCAUGGUGAGCAUUCUUACAGCUUGUGCUCAGUUGGGGGCACUGCAAAUAGGAGAAUGGAUAAAGACUUACAUUGAAAGAAACAAAGUAAAGAAUGAUGUCUUUGUGGGGAAUGCUUUGAUUGAUAUGUACUUCAAAUGUGGAAGUAUUGAGAAAGCUCAAAGAGUAUUUAAUGGGAUGCCUUGGAGGGACAAAUUUACUUGGACUGCCAUGAUUUUCGGUCUUGCUAUUAAUGGACAUGGUGAAGAAGCACUAGGUAUGUUCUCUGAAAUGCUAAGAGCUUCAAUAAAACCAGAUGAGGUCACUUACAUUGGCGUUCUUUGUGCCUGUACCCAUGCUGGCAUGGUAGAUGAGGGAAGAAAGUUCUUUGCUAGCAUGACUACUGAACAUGGGGUUCAACCCAAUGUAGCACACUACGGGUGUAUGGUUGAUCUUCUAGGCCGAGCUGGACAUUUACAAGAAGCUUGUGAAGUGAUAAAGAAUAUGCCAAUGAAACCAAAUUCAAUUGUUUGGGGGGCUCUACUUGGUGGUUGUAGACUUCAUAAAGAUGUAGAAAUUGCUGAAAUGGCAGCUAAACAGAUACUUGAGUCCGACCCUGAUAAUGGGGCUGUUUAUGUUAUGCUGUGUAAUAUAUAUGCAUCUUGCAAAAGAUGGGAUAGUCUGCAUGACCUAAGAGAAUCAAUGAUGCAUAGAGGAAUCAAGAAGACCCCAGGAUGCAGUUUGAUAGAGAUGAAUGGAGUUGUUCAUGAAUUUGUGGCCGGGGACCAGUCACAUCCUCGGUCUAAAGAAAUAUACUUGAAGUUAGACAAAGUGAUGAGAGACUUAGAAGUUGCAGGGUAUUCACAUGAUACUUCUGAGGUGUUCCUUGAUAUAGGGGAGGAGGAUAAACAGAGCACAUUGUGCUGGCACAGUGAAAAGUUGGCCUUGGCUUUUGGGCUCAUUUGCUCUCGACCUGGGGUUACAAUAAGGAUUGUGAAGAACCUUAGAAUGUGUGUAGAUUGUCACCGUGUGGCAAAACUGGUGUCAAAGCUUUAUGAUAGAGAAGUGAUCGUUAGGGACCGAACUCGAUUUCAUCAUUUCAGGCAUGGCUCAUGUUCAUGUAAAGAUUAUUGGUGAGAAUUCAAUAAGAGGCAGAGCAUAACUAACAAUAUUCCUCCUGAGGUGUAUCUGAUGCCAGCCAACAGUAAAUACCAGGACGUCUCUUCAGUAAGUAUCGGCAAGGGAAGCCCAAAUUUCAGAGCAUUUGUUCUAAGAUUAUCUUGUAAUUUAACAAUUUUGUAGGCUAAUUGCUCAAAUCAGCUCUUACCCCGUGUCACGUUGCUCAUAUCAAGAUCAAAUCUUUUAAAGUGAUACUAAGUUGCUCGAUAAUCAGAAUA